AUGAGACCUGCAUUGAUAGCUGCUGUGUGCGUCGCCACCAUUGGUGUUACAGGUCAACAACAAUUUCUCGGCCAACAAUCCGCACCACCAAACAUAGUCUUCAUCUUGACCGAUGACCAAGAUGUCCACCUCUCCUCUCUUGAUUACAUGCCACUGGUGAGAAAGCACUUGCUCGACAAGGGAACCUAUUAUGAUAAACAUUACUGCACCACUUCUGUCUGCUGCCCCUCUCGUGUGACUGCGUUUACCGGCAAAGCUGCACAUAACACGAACAUUACAGACGUCAACCCACCCUACGGCGGUUACCCUAAGUUUGUCAAACAAGGCUUCAACUCAGCAUACCUACCUGUUUGGCUACAAGAGGCUGGAUACAACGUCUACUACACUGGCAAGUUGUUCAAUGCACACAGUGUGGACAAUUAUGAUGCGCCAUACCCAGCUGGUUUUACAAGCCAUAGCCAUGAAGGCGAAUAUGUUACAGACGUGCUAGCUCAGAAGGCAUACGGACUCCUCGAUGAAGCUGUGAUUGCGGAAAAGCCGUUCUUCCUCAUCAUCGCACCGAGUGCUCCACAUGCCGAUAUUCAGAACAACAGCGGUUCACUCACCUUUGGCGCCCCUGUUUCGGCACCCAGACAUGCAAAUCUAUUCAAAGACGUCCAAGUGCCCAGAACAGUAAAUUUCAACCCAAAGCAACCCUCAGGCGCAAAUUGGAUCCGCUCGCUCGAAAGACAAAACGCCACGAAUGUAGACUGGAACGACCAUUUCUAUCGUCAGCGCCUGCGUGCUCUACAAGCCGUCGACGAAAUGGUCGAUAAUUUGUUCUCACGCCUAGAGUCGCACGAUCUACUCCAGAACACAUAUGUCAUUUACAGCAGUGACAACGGCUUUCACAUUGGGAAUCAUCGUAUGCAGCCUGGAAAGUCUACAGGUUGCGAGGAGGACAUCAACGUCCCUCUGAUCAUUCGCGGUCCAAAUGUCGCUCACAACCAAACUACGCAACUCGUAACCAGCCAUACAGACAUUGCAGCCACGGUCUUUUCCCUUCUGGAUAUACCCUUGCGCGAGGACUUUGAUGGUACGCCCAUUCCUGUGACCAAAAGCGCCAUUGAAGCGGAAGAAAUGAGAAGACGCGAGCACGUCCAGGUCGAAUAUUGGGGGUUUGCAGGUGGAGAAGGGAUCUACGAUCGCAGGCUACACCAAAACAACACUUUCAAAGGCAUCAGAAUCGUGGCAGAGGAAUAUAACCUGUACUAUCAGAUUUGGUGUACCAACGAACACGAGCUCUAUGAUAUGAGUAACGAUCCAGGACAGAUGGCAAAUCUGCUAGAAGACGGUGCAACAGCGGACGCAGUGUUUGGGUAUCCGAUUCGAAAAGUGGUGCAGAGACUGGAUGCACUACUAAUGGUGCAGAAGUCUUGCAAGGGGCAANCUUGCAGAGAACCUUGGGGAUCUCUGCAUCCGAAUGGUUCUGUGCAAAGUCUGAGAGAUGCAAUGGCCGAGCGAUAUGAUGGUUUCUACGAAAGCCAGAUCAAGGUGCAGUGGAACUAUUGUCACAAUGGCUAUGUGCCCGAGGCCGAAGGGCCAAUGUUUGAAGAUGAAGGAUCAGUGUUCGAUUACCAAGAAUUCAUGUGGCCCGACUGG